UCGCCGAGCUCACGCUGCCGGUCAGUUGAACAUCAGAAUAGGCACCUUCGUCUCUCGGCUCCUUCAUGAUGUUUGACAAUCGUCCUUGUUCUUCUUACACUGGUCUUAUCAUACCUAAACAUGUUCGAUCGCCUGCAAGCUACCGACCCAACCACAUCCCGCGGCGAUACUAGUCAAUACUUACACAAGUCUGCAACACAGCCGGAUUUUUAUCGACCUUGAAAUCACGCAGCCAAGUCGGGGUGCCUGCAUCUACUCAAUAUUCUAGUUGCUGCUGUUUCUUGGCACUUGGCAGGGCCUGGACUGUUUCCAGCGUCUAACAGGCGGAAUACCUUACGCGAACUGCCGGACAGGAAACACAAUAUGCCGUCACAGGAGCCUCAGUCAUCAGGGGACACCAUAUAUAUCACAUCGCAAGAGCCGACACAAUAUCACGAAAAGCAGAACGACGAUCAAGCAAACCAAAGUCAGCCAGAGACAGCUCGGGAUGUUUCCGAGAAAGACAAGGACGACACGGAGGCGUCGAGUGCGGAAUCAUCGGCCCAGAACCCGCCUUCGUCUGGCAAAGAAUGUGCCAUCAAGCGGUUUUGGAGCGAACAAGUCAGCGUAGUAGUGGAAUUUGAGACUUGCCGCGACCACCUAGGAUAUCUUCGUACUUCAGUGGCCACGGCAGUCCUUGGAACCGUGGUAGCGCAACUCUUUGCUUUACAGGCGUCAGGCACAGGCUUGGGGUAUACGGCGGUGGGCAAACCUUUGGCUACUCUGUGCUACAGCUUCUCGAUUUGCAUCGUUUCGCUUGGGGCUUUCCGAGCCUGGAGACUCCAGCGUGCCAUGUUUGCCGGGAAGGCAUUAGCCGGAGGUUUUGAACUAACAACGCUCGCGUUGGGAUUCUUGGCUCUGUCGGUCAUUUUCUUUGGCUUUCUCAUAGCUCUAGAUGUCGUCAAAGAGUCGUCAGGGUAGCUAAGAUCGUGAUGUUACCUGCGUCAGGGGGUUGCAGUCAUAGGAACUAAUUGGGCGAAUUGGGGCAAUUGCUAAUCGAUCGGCGUCGCAUUGUCCAUAAGAAGA